CGACGACAUCUCUAUCUCUCCAACACACUCUUUGUCCAUCGCUACCCACUUCCCAUGCCCCCUUCCUCGGCCACACUUCGACUGAACCGUAGUAUUGGCCCCUCUGAACCACUCCUCCCGGCGUUCACGCCCCGCCCCGCCCACAACAACAACAACCCACUCACGCGCAACAAGAUGUCGUCCGCGCGGCUCAACCUAAACCCACAGCGCUUACGCUUCCUGCUCCGUGCGAGCGUCCUGGCAAAUGUCAUCCUCCUCGUCCUCCUCAUCCGCUGGCCUGACUUUGAGUCGUCCGGCGACUCGGUCUUUGACCUGACCGGCACACGGCAGAAGGAGAAUGCGCGCGUCGGCAGCGGCGGCGGCGACGAGGCGACCCGCUUUGUCACAAAGACGGUCAAGGUCCAAGGGGCGGCGGCCACGUCGACGGUCGUCGAGUUCAAGGACAGGAUCGUCGAGGCCGACACGUGCAGCAUGUGCGCCGUCGCGCCAGAGCUGUGCAGGGAGCUUGGCGAGGACGGACUCCGCAGGGCAGUCGGCUACAUGGGUACCAACAACCGCCUCCGACGCGCGCUCGCACGACUCCGCAAGGGCCAGCCAUUCAACAUGGGUGUUGCGGGCGGGUCGGUGUCCCUCGGACACGGACUGCACGUGGCCAACGAGGAGCGAGGUCCCGAGAACAUGCACCGCCAGAUCUUUGACUAUCUGAACAAGAAGUUCCCCGGCAAGGGGGAGCCGGCCAUCGAGCCGGACACGUCACUCAAGGCCGAGGGGAGGAACGGAUUCUUCAACGGCGCGCAGGGCGGCGUCGGCGGCGACUACUUCUCCAUGUGCUUCAAGGAACACUUCCCCGCCGACACGGACUUUUUGUUUGUCGAGACUGCUGUCAACGAGGAGAACGAACUGUUUGUCCAGAGGCCGUUCGAGCUCAUGCUGCGAGGCUUCCUUGACCUCAGAUCGGAGCCUGCGGUGAUCAACCUGCAGGGCAUUGCCUUUUCGUUCCCGCAGCUUGUCACUGGUGGCAACUUCCAGCAGCCGGGUAUUGCCCAGUUCUACGACGUCCCGAGUCUCAGCCUGAACAACGCGCUCAUGCUCAACAUCCUCGACAAGCCGUCCCUGCUGACUGAGUACUUUGCCACGGGCGACGCUGGAGGUGCCACGACAGUGAACGGUAUCGACCACCGACACAUUGGCCUCAAGGGCCACCAGCUCUUUGCCGAGAUUGUCAAGGCAUACUUUGAACUGCAGUUGUGCGAGAUGGACCGCAUCGAGGAGGAGGCGGGGCACGACGACAUUGAGAAGCUGUAUCCCUUGGGACACCUCCCUCGCCUUCUGGCAACAGAGAAGUACGACCCCACGAGAGUGACGCCACGCAUCGACCCGUUCUGCAAGUCGAUGAACUCGAAGAAGAACAAGCUGGUGCCGGUGGCGAACGAGGGGUGGCGCGAGUGGAACUGGAAGGACAAGCACUAUCUCAUUGCCGACAAGCCUGGGUCCAAGGUCACAUUUGAGAUCGAGACGGCCUUGGGCGUUGUGCAGCUCUUCUUCCAGCGCUCUGGCGCUUACCACCUCGGCAACGCCAAGUGCUGGGUGGACGACGAUGUGGACAAGGCCCAGGUGCUCAUCAGCUGGUGGGAUCUCCCCUUCAACAUUGGCCGCUCGGUGGAUCUGCGCACCGACCUGGCUCCCGGAAAGCACAAGGUGCACUGCGAGUUAUUGUCGGAGACUGGGGACCCUGAUGGCGGCCACGAGUUCCGCAUCAUCUCCCUCAUGAGUAUUUAGAGACAGCGCGGGUGAAUAGAGAGAUCAAGCAAACGACUAGCUAUGUACAUGUUGAUAGAGAUGUCAUGGAUAUAUACACAUAGAGC